AUGUCAGCAUUGACCCUCCGAUCAUCAACUACCUUAGCGAGGUCCACCUUACUUUCCAAACCAUUAUUAUGUGGAUGUUAUUCAGCUUAUCAUCCCAUCGCAUCGGGCAGUCGAUCCUUCUCAAUCUCAGCUAGACGAGGGAUCCGAUCUGAUGAGCCCAAGAAAUCAAGCUUGGCUUUGAGACCUGAGAUCAAGCAAAGGGAAGAACGGGCUGAAGGUAAGAUUGUAGGAGGAGAAGGUAAAGGUGUAGAAGGUCCUCAUUAUCAAGAUCAAUCUACUGUUGCGAAUGAUAUAUUGACAAAUCAAUCUACGACUGGAGCAUGGACUUUGAUGAAUCCCAUUUACACAGAGUCGGAACUUGACACAGUCAAAGUGGUCGGUAGAGAACCUGUCACGCUGGCUGACAAGAGUGUACACAAACUUGUCAAAUUCCUCAGAAGGACCUUCGACUUCUUAACGGCAUACAAAGAUUACAAAGUACCUGAGUCGAUCUUGCAACAAAAUCCCAUUCCGGUCGCUGAAUUGAGAGCCAAGGGGUUGUUGUUGAGCCAUCAUAAAUGGUUAUUCCGAAUCAUCCUUCUAGAAUCAAUCGCGGGUGUACCCGGUAUGGUUGGCGGUACUUUACGACAUCUCAGAAGUAUGAGGUUAUUGAGAAGGGAUGGGGGUUGGAUACAUACUUUAUUGGAGGAAGCAGAGAACGAGAGGAUGCACCUUUUAACAUUCAUGACCAUCGCUCAACCUACCAUAUUCACCCGUGCCCUCGUCCUAGCAGCCCAAGGAGUAUUCUACAACGCCUUCUUCCUCACCUACCUCUUCUCACCAAAGACCGCCCAUCGAUUUGUAGGAGCAUUGGAGGAAGAGGCCGUCCGAACUUAUUCACACUGUAUCGACGAUAUCGAGAAAGGCCUGGUUCCCGAAUGGAACGACGUGGCAGCACCUAGAAUCGCCGUAGAUUAUUGGCGAUUACCCUCGGAUGCGAAAUUGCUCGAUGUCAUCAGGGCAGUCAGAGCCGAUGAAGCUACUCAUAGAUUUGUUAAUCACUCGCUGGCGAAUCUGGAUCAGAAGAAAGAUUUCAAUCCGUUUGCUUUGGUUGAGGCGGAUGCCGCGACAAGAGGAGGAAAGUGGGGCUUCACUAGGGAGGAGUCAGCAGAAUUUGCAAGGGAGCAACAAAAGAAGUUGAUGGAAGUUUCUCAUCAGAAAAGAAUCGAACAUUAG